ACGACCGCAACUCGAGGCGGAGACGGGACGACACCACACCCAACUAACAACACUGCUACAAUGGUCGGUCGUACAUCGACGCGUGCGCCGCGAUCAUCCGCCACUUCGACAACACGCACCACCAAAUCCACGCGCGCAUCCUCCGCCAGGCAGUCCUCCAAUGCCGUCGAAAUCCCCGAUGAGGGCCCCGUAACCUCGCUCCGAACACAGAUCGCCCAGGUCUUCAGUGAUGCACAAAAGACGACGGCGACACAGAGGAAGCUAGUGGUGAACCUGAGGAAAAUACAAGAAGCAUGCUGCUUCGAGCCACCAGACACGGGCAAGAAGGGUGGGAACAAGAACAAGGGCGAGGAGCAGGAAGACUUCGACGAGGAAGAGUUCAACGCCGAGGUGGUGAGAUGUGUGCUCAGGAUCAUGUGCGUCAAGAAGAGCGAGCCAGUCGGAGAUAGGGUCAUCCGCUUCCUGGGCAUAUUCUUGAAGCAUGCCUCUGAGAAAGACCAAACAAUCUUCGCUGCCGAGACAGAAGAAGAAGCCACAGCUUUCCAUGAAACACCCAGCAGUCGACUCACCUCUCAGAUCCUCACCACCAUCCUCGCCCUGCUGACGGCCAAGGACAAGACGAUCCGCUUUCGAGCCACGCAGACGGUUGCACACAUCGUGAAUAGCCUCACAACCAUCGACGACGAAAUAUUUGACUUGAUAAGACUGGGUUUUACGAAACGUCUGCGGGAUAAAGAGCCCUCAGUGCGUGUGCAGGCCAUCCUGGGUUUGGGUCGUCUGGCUGGCAACGACGAUGACGAGCAGGACGACGAAGAUAGCGACGAUGAAGGCGCAGGCGGCAUUCUCGAAAAGCUCCUGGAUAUUAUGAUCAACGAUCCGAGCGCUGAAGUCCGACGCGCUGUUCUGCUAAACCUGCCGCUAUGGCCGUCCACCCUCCGUUACAUUCUAGAACGAGCCCGAGACAUGGACGCAACCACUCGCCGCUUAGUAUACGGCAAGAUCCUGCCCGCUCUGGGUGACUUUCGACACAUGUCGCUUGUAGAGCGAGAAAAACUCAUCCGAUGGGGUCUCCGGGAUCGAGACGAUCUCGUCCGGAAAGCUGCUGCAGUUUUGUUCCGUGAACGCUGGCUCGAGGACUGUGCCAAGUCACGCGACACACGACCAGAAGAGGAAAAGAAACCAGGAGAUGUAGCUCCUCCAAACCUUGAAGCGCUUUGUGAGCUUCUCGAGCGUAUCGAUGUCACCAGGUCUGGGGAAGAAGACGGCAUGGCUCACGAAGCGAUGCGCCAAUUCUGGGACGGUCGACCAGAUUAUCGCAAAGAAAUCGUAUUCGACCAUGAGUUCUGGAACAACCUCGAUGCGCAGACGGCUUUCAUUGCACGCACCUUGAACGAUUACAGUCAUAGUACUGCUGACGAGAGAGUCCAAAGUAUGAUUGAGGACAAGAUGCCAGAAGUCACCAUGUUCGCUUUUGUCCUGCAAAGAGAGCUCAAUUCCCUGAUGGAAUUGGUAGACAAGGUUGCUAUCAUGGAAGAGAAUGAUCCCGAGGUUGAAGAAGCACAGGAAGACGUCGAGGAGCAGGAUUUCAUUGUUCAGCAACUACUCCAUAUCGCCCACACCCUUGACUACACGGAUGAAAUGGGUCGUAGGCAAAUGUACAACAUCAUGCGCGAAGCCAUUGCUAAGGCUCAGCUGCCGGAAGAGUGUACUAAGCUUGCUAUCGAGGUGUUGCGCAAGGUUUGCGGCAGUCGCGGCGAAAAGGACUUCACUGCUCUGAUCGUAGAGGCUGUUGCAGACGUUCGCGAUUCUUUGCUGGAUGCCGAUGACGCCACAGUCACUGGAGAGGAUGCCGAGGAGAGCUUCCAUUCCGCUCAAUCUGAUGCAGACGGCGACGCACCGUUGAUUAAGCCCAAGACUGCAAAAGCCGUGGAUAACCUCACUGAAGAAGAGAAAGAAGAACGACAAAUUCGCGAAGUUAUGGUUUACUCAAAGUGUCUGCAUAUCGCCCAAUGCACACUUCAGAAUGUCGAAGGAGACCUCGAGUCAGACACUUCGCUAACCAGUAUUCUGAAUACGCUCAUCAUUCCUGCAGUCCAAGCUCACCAGUCUAUGAUCAGAGAACGUGGUGUCAUCUGCUUGGGACUGGCCGCCCUCCUCAGCAAGGAUCUCGCCGACAACAAUCUUGAUCUCUUCUUCCAUUGCUUCAUGAAGGGUCACGACGCGCUCAGAGAAAUCGUCAUCCAAGUACUGAGUGAUGUGAUAAUCACGCAUCCUCAGUUCCUUACGCCUACGAUCCCAGACCCAGAUGCGUCCACAGACGAUGCAGAGCCCAUCACAAACCCGCGUGUCCGCCCUAUGACAAAGAUUUUGCUGAAAGCAUUCAGCUCGGACAACAAGCGCAUCAGCUUAAUCUCCUGUACCGCGGCGUCGAAACUUCUUCUCUUGGGUAUCUUGCCCCCUCAAACCACGGUCGAAGUCCUCAAAGCUUUUGUCCUUACAUACUUUGACCCCGAGACGGCGACGAACCCGGCGCUGAGACAAGCGCUCAGCUACUUUCUUCCCGUAUACUGUCAUUCCAAGCUCAAGAACGCAAAGCUGAUGAGCGAGAUUGCUGUGCCAGUGAUUUCGAAGCUACUUAUCAUGCGCGAUGAGAACGUUGAGGAAGAAGAUGUGGACGAGAUGGUGGGCUGGCCUGUCAUCACUGCUCACCUUGCCGAAUGGACGGAUGGCCGUAAAGUGGUGGGCGCUACCGAACUCGGUCUCGACGGAAAGACGAGUACCAUUGUUGAGGCUGAAGAACCACAUGUGCAGCUCGCGAUCGAGAUCUUGGAACGUGCAUUGACAAGUACAUGCUCGAAAGAUGAGCGAAAACCUUUACUAUCCCUACUGGGUAAACUCUUCAUCGCACCUUCUGGCCCAAUUCCCAAGGGAGAAGAAGGCGCGCUCAACGAAGAAAGUUUCCGCACUCUGCAUGAGUUAGUAUCUGAGGCAGUGGAAGGAAAAAUUGGCACAGAUGCAACGCAGCGCAAUGCUUUGAUAAAGUUAGAAUCUACAUUAACCAAGCGACUGGGCGAGGCAGCUACACAAGUCCAAGACACAGAGGUGGAGCGCACAGCAACGCCCGAAGCGACCGUCGCUACCGAUGCUACAGAAGUCAAUGAAGAAGAAGAAACUGAGGGUGAUGUCACUGAAGUCUCUGCAUCAAAGAGCAGGAAGAAAUCUGUAGUACCGCAAGUUGAUGAUGACGAAGAAGAGGAGGAGGAGGAGGAGGAGGAUGAAGACACCAUGCUAGCGGGUAUGCAGGGCGAAGGCACACGGAUGCCUCUUGAGGACGACGAUGACGAAGAGGAAGAAGACGAUGAGUCUGCAGCUGGACAUAGUACAUUGACAGUUGGACGGGAUGACAGGAGAUCAGGCAGGACAACAGUGACCGAAGAUGAUAUCAUGGAGAGUCUGCUGCAGAGUGAGAUGGAGCACUCUGCCUAGACUUUCUAGUUGUACAUUUUUCUCUUGCUGGGCGGCUGGCGUUGUGUGGUCCCACGGACUCCUUUGCUGGCCAUGAGGAGGCUUGGGUGAUCGUUGACGAAAUAGGAAAGGGUUGGAUGUAAUCCUGAUGUAUGCAUGCCUUAUGAUAUCCCUUAUUACAUUCAAGAACACUGCCACGAGGUCAUGUACUACCUCGGUUUCACU